UGACCUUUAAUGGGUCUGAGCCUCAUCCACAAACACAAACUACGAGCUCUCUCUUUCUAAACCAAGGGCCCGCUAUGAUCUGAGGGCACGAAAUGGGACGAACUGAUUAGUGGACGAAAACCGAAAGAGGAGCCGCAGGAGGAGGAAGAGGCAGAGCCUUCCUGCAGCUCCAGGGUGAUGAAGAGGUUAACCCUGCCCCUCUUCAGUCCGCCGCUGCCUCCUCCGGUCCCACUCCACGCAGCAGCCGAGCGCCGAGCAGACAUGGACACGUCCGAACUUUAACUCUCCUCCCUCGCGCUCGCUCGCUCGCUCGCUCGCUCGCUCUCUCUCUCUCUCCCCCCCCCGCUGCGCUCCCACUGGAAACCUGCGGACGCAUGGAGAUCUAAUUGCCGCAGCUCGUCGGUGAAGUCCGCGGAGGCCGUUGUUGUUUCGCGGCUCCCCUCCGGUUCGCGUGGUCCACUCAUGCGUCGGGAACGCCAUGGCCACUCCGAGCGCACAGCAGCAGCACCAGCACCAGCAGCAGCAGCACCAGGAUUAUUUCAGAUCGGUCAGCAGCGAGUCCACCACCUACAUGAUGGUUCCGGCCGGCGGGCCGAGCGGGACGCGGCGCAAGGAGGCGCCGUCCAAGAUGUGGGUGGCGAUGGUGGUGAUCGUGGUGGUCGUCCUGCAGAUUGCCUCCACCACGGGGCUCUUUGUCUACCUGAACAUGUCCAUAUCGGAGGUGCGUAGCCAGGGGGUGACGGAGGAGCUGAAGUGCCUAAGCUUGCUGAACGCCUUGGACAAGGACCGGGACAUCCCUGACCAGCUGGCCCAGCUCUUCGGGGAGCCGUGCAUCAAACUGGCCGAAGGCAUCAAAGCCUACAUCUCCAAGGUGACCGAGAACAUCAUCUCCAAACAAACCUUCAUUGAGGCGAGAACCAUGCCUCGAUCCUUCAACAACUCAGGGUCAAAGUUCAUAACCUCGGUGGUCCAGAGGCCGUCUGCUCACUUGACCCUCAGAGACAGUGGUUCUCAAGGCUUCCCUCCCUACCCGAUCCCCAAUCCAGAUCUCCACCAGUCCUGUCGCCAUAUGGUUCGCACUUGGGCCAAUCAGAGCUUUGGGGCUCACCUGCACAACAUGACCCUGUCCAAUGGGAAGCUCCGAGUGCCUCAGGAUGGGCGGUACUACCUGUACUCACAGGUAUAUUUCCGUUAUCCGUCCCCUGCAGCUAACGAUGGAGACCAGCACAGCAUCAGCCACCAGCUGGUGCAGUGUGUCUAUAAGAAAACAUCCUACCCAGAUCCCAUACAGCUCCUGAAGGGGGUGGGCACCAAGUGCUGGGCUCCAGAUGCCGAGUAUGCCCUCCACUCCGUCUACCAGGGAGGACUGUUCGAGCUGAGGGCCGGCGAUGAGCUCUUUGUCUCAGUUUCCUCACCGAGCAUGGUCAACGCUGAUGAUUCUUCCAGCUACUUUGGCGCUUUCCGCUUGGACCUCUAAAAGGAAGGGAUGGAGAAAAAAGACAAAUAAAAGAUGGAUGGAACCGUGAGGACCACAGACUUUAUUUGGAGGCCUUUUAAAUGUCCAUUGAUUGGGAAAAGGGUCAUUUGGGCACAUGGGUGAAAACUGUCCUGGAAUUUGGAUUCUCAAUGUUUGCUUGGACAAAUGCAGUGAAUGAUGUAAGGAUUACAGGGUUUGUGCAAGAUAUAUCCAGAGAUACAGGUUCCUGAUGGGUCAAAUCACCCUAAAAAUUAGGCCACUCUGUUGUUAAUCCCAGAUUAACACGCCAUUGACUUUUGUAUGAAGCAACUGGACCUUGAUAUGGAUUCCAGACUGAAGAACUGAACAUGUGAGGAAGGGCUGUGAAAUGGUAGCAGAAGCAAAUGAUCAAACCAAAGUGAAAAUUUGUGGAAUAUACAUUUUUUUAUAAAGAGCUCCAUUGGAGGUUUGUCUAUAUGAAUGGCUGCAAAUGAGAUUUAGAUGAUAAACUGUGUUGAUUUUUAAGAUCAUUUUUAUCUUGACUGGACCUAAAACCACUUUGCUGUGGAUCAACCUGCAAAACUAUAACUGUGGAUUUUAUGUGAAGACAUUUUUAGAGGAAGAUAAUGAUGGACUCAUUGUGCUGGAUACUUCACAGUAAUAAACCUGCGGGAGGCAAAACUGUACGAUUUAAACAAAGAGGUCUGCAAAGAAAGGAGGAAUUGGAACAAGGAGGAAAGAGGGAGACAUCUUGAAAGGAGCAAUGAGUAUGAGCCAAGCAGAGAAAGACACAGAUAAGAAGAGAGAGAAAGAGGCUUAUGCUGGUAUGCAGCUCUGUUGUGCCGCUCGCUCACUUUGCAUCAAGUGCUUUCUCUUUUUUUUCAUGUACAGAAUUGAAUGCAUCUUGUUUUUCUUGUCUAACAUGUGAAGCUUCAUUUGGUUUUAUUCUAAGAAUCAAACAAACAACCGGUAAAUAAGAGAUGUGUGGGAACAAGAUGGCACGAGACCAGUCAGGCCACAAAGUGUGGUGGUUUUCAGGUCAAAGGACAGCUAGUUGGUCAAUCAUCCAUGUUAAACUGGGCUACGUGUAGUUGAAAAUGCUGUAUACAAACUUUAUAAAAGGUGAAACACGAACAGUAGUUAUGAGAUAUUUAAUGUUGCAAUAUAGCAAAAUAGUUUGAAUAAUUUUACCACAAGGCCUUUAACAUUUUAACUCAGACAUGACUUGUCUUGGAAAGCACAAAAAAACAAACAUCUGGACGGUGCUAAUCAGAUGUGUUUUAACAUUUAGGUAAUUAUGAGGUGGCCACAUAAAGGUUAAUUGGCAAGGAGAACACAGGAUCUAUGCACAAGACACACUCAUGAUGCAAAUAUGGAACGAAGGCGUUCGUGUAACAAAACUUAAAAGACUUGUGAGGAGCAAGAAGGAGAGGGUUAAGCCAUUAAUGCACAACCUCUGGCGCAUACAUAUGCACAUAUAGGAGACAGGCUCUCCAGACACACACAUCAUCCAGAGUCAUGUCCAGAGCAGGCAGACUCGUUUAUCGGCGCUGCCCAGACUCCCUGCCUUAUCUGCUAGUUGUCAGGGAUAAGUGGAAGGCCUGCAGGGAGCGUGUGCUCGUGUGUGUGUGCACCCACGGGGUGCACGUUCUUUCACAAAGCUUCACACGGACAACGCAGACAGUAUCAACAUGGCAACAAAGUGAGGAAAGAGAACAUCCCUGGAAGCCUGGUAAUAUAGAGGUCAAGCUACCACACACAAAAUGUGUCGCUACACAUGUUCAAAGUCGGGGCGCAGGAUAGCGUGAACCACACACAACGCUAGGGCGGCCUGAAAACACCAGCAGCUUAUCAGAGGUUUACAGUAACAUUGGUGGAAAAAGCAAGGUAAUGUUUCUCAAAGGUGCAAAAAAGUUAUCUAAAGUAAAACAAGCCAAAUAUUUUUUUUACAGAUUUUUUUUUAGAUAAAUUAAUUGUAUACGUCAUUUUUAAAUGUACCUGACCUCUGAUCCCCACAGGGGAACCACUAGUACCCUGGUGUAUGAACACUUCAGAUUUCGACAAAAAAGUUCAUUUCUUGCAGGAAGCGCAUCUCACGGCUCCCGCUGGCUGGUUAACGGAGCUGCUGCAGUUUAGAUGUUUUCCAUUUGUACCCUGCAGAGCGAGCGCUCAUCUCUUGACAUAACACUGUGUGUUAGAUAAUAAAUCUAUGGGUGUACAUGCUGCUUUAGUGCCAUGCUCUGUUUACACUCUGAAACAUUAAAACCACAAGUGUCCUUCUUCUGCCGGCUCAAAUCACUUCAGUAAGCGAUGACAUCUAAUCAAAAGUGUUGUGUGAAAUAACUACUAAACAUAAUUAAAGGGUUGUCAGAAUAUGUAUAGCAGCUAUAUUGGAUGCACCAGCAUAACAUUUAGCAAUAUAAAUAUCAGAUGGGUUGGAAUACAGAACAUUCGCAACAGAAAUGGCCUCUCUCUCUGUUCUGGCUGCAUUCGAGUAUCAAGCAGAAGGGAAAGGAGACACCAAAGCACUGCAAACCGGCCUGGGUCCAGUCCAAACCUCCAGACCUUUUAACCACUGAGUCACCGCGCGGCAAUGAUUGAAUUUGAUUUUCAUUUAUGUAAGUGCAGCUCUGAGCGCCUUCUUAAACAUAAAUGCUAAUCUGACUAUUAAAAUCAGAUCUGAUUCUCAUGAGCAGCAUUUGGGCAGCGGACAGGGCCUCGUGCUGUUGUUGUUGCACUGACUACUUGACUGUGAAUCCAGUACAAGUCAAUUAUAUUUGCAAAGAUGAAAACAUCACCACAAAAUAUUUGGCAUUUUGGUUUGGAUUUGGAUGUGCUGUGUGUAACGUGGUCUCUUCUGUCUGUGAUUAUGUCUUUGUGUUUUUUCUGUAUGUGGCUAAAGCAGUUUGAAGCAAAGUGCCUUUUGAUCUACGGAAUAGUUCAGAACAUCACAUUAAACGCUGUCCAUCGUUUUCCCUCCAGGAGAAAGAUACUGAACAUUGUGUGGAGUACUGUGAAAGCGAGGCCUCCAUUUAAAUCAGCACCAGUCCAGUUUUCCAAGAUUCAUGGUGUGUUUAUUUUAUAAAAAUCAUGUGGCCUGCUGAACAUAAUUGUGUUUCCAAUUUGCCUUGCUUCACUUUGACAGUGAAGCCAUCCAAAAACAAUAGUUUUACUUUGGAGAGGAUGGAAAAUCACCGCACACUAUAAAGAUGCUGGUAAAUUGCUGAGAUAUUUGUAUACUGUGGUUUGCCUUCUUUCAAAUCUAGAAGUGCCCUGUGGACGUUUGGGGAAUUGAGAGAGUUCCUGUGUUAACAUUUGCAGCUUCCCGUACAGAUAUCAGUACUCGCUGGAAGCUGCUCUUCUACAGAGAAGCCUGAAGGAAAGCGUGGUGCCCAAGUUUCUAAUGAUUGCAGUGGAAAAAUCACGUUUGGCUAACUUUUCAAAUGCUGUAACUGGAGUAUGUAAACGCAACCCAGACCUCCACAAAUCUGUUUCACAACAUGUAAAAACCAUCGUUUUAACAUACAAUCAAGGCCCUGAGAGCCAGCACAGUCUUUGAAACUCUGCUCAGUCACUACUCAGAUUUACCAGCAUGCAUUUUCUCAGCUGUACGUAUUUGAAUACUUCAGACAACAUCUCUACUUUAUUUCACCACAAAAUUCACAUUUAAUUUAUUUCCAAUUAUCUCUGCACUUACAAUUCAGUCACUAUUUUUCCUGAGUCACUUUCUGUAAUUAGUAACUUUUCCGUUUUUCUGACCACUCAUUAAAAACACUAUGAAUGUAGAUAUUGUUCAGUACAUAUCCGUUUCCUUUUCUAAAAGUCCCAUCUGAUGCCACUUGAGGAAUGUACCUGUAAAUUCUUUCUGAUUGCAUAGUGACUUUUAAAAUAAUGCUCAUUUGUGUUAUUUUGUGCUCAAAUAAAGUGCCUCUUUUCAGACGGA